GUUUCAGGAGGGAAACUUCACUAGCCUAGCUAGAUUUGUCUCGAGUUAGAUCCCAAAAAAAUUGGGCUUACCCGAGUGUUCUUUUAAAAAUAUAGCUAGUGAUUUUUAUCACACUGAAGGGAGUCAUGUCUGGUAUAGCCUUAAGUCGUCUUGCACAAGAAAGAAAGGCCUGGAGAAAAGACCAUCCUUUUGGGUUUGUUGCUGUGCCAACAAAAAACCCAGAUGGAACAAUGAACUUGAUGAAUUGGGAGUGUGCCAUCCCGGGAAAGAAGGGGACCCCAUGGGAGGGGGGCUUGUUCAAACUCCGAAUGCUCUUCAAGGAUGACUAUCCUUCUUCACCUCCCAAGUGCAAAUUUGAGCCCCCUUUGUUCCAUCCAAAUGUAUAUCCCUCUGGUACCGUCUGUCUAUCGAUUUUAGAGGAGGACAAAGACUGGAGACCAGCCAUCACUAUCAAACAAAUAUUGUUAGGAAUCCAAGAGCUCCUAAAUGAACCAAAUAUCCAGGAUCCUGCACAAGCUGAGGCGUAUACAAUUUACUGCCAAAACAGAGUGGAAUAUGAAAAAAGGGUUCGAGCACAAGCCAAAAAGUUUUCUCCAUAAAGCUUCAAGACUACACAAGAGAAGAAAUUGGUUUGCUGAGGAUUUUGUCUCUGCCCCCUUUUUGUCUGCCUCCAACUAUUUCCUGCUGGACUGUUUUAAAACUGAAUGUGUGCCAUUUCUGUCCAUCACCCACAUACUGAUGCACCCCUUUGCUUUUUUUUGAUUUGGAAGUCCCGGAUUUGAAGGUUGACUAUGCUGUCACCACAAAGGAUUUUCCGUACUCCAACUGUGGUAUUUCUUUUUUCAAGAGCUCACGCUUGUCAGAAAAGACUGUACGAAAUGGGAGUCACCUCUGAUGAUUUUUAUUCUAUUCAAUGUUAGAAUUAUUUUCUAUAUGUUCUGAUAAAGAUAUAGAGAAACAGGCCUCAAUGAAUCUAUUUAAAGGUAGUUUAGUGUCUCUGCAUCAGACUCUUAAGUUGUUUUGGUCCAAAUAUUUAGAUUUAAUUAAAUAUGUUUGUAUAAAGCUAGUGUUAAUACAUGUAGAUGGACUCAGUUCCGUCUUUCAUUGUGUUGCCAGUUGAAUGUGUGUUACUCUUGAAGGUGGACUUUGGGUAACAAUAACAGCUUUAGACUGUGUACAUGAUUGAAUGAUUGAUUUGAUCAAGGGCAUUUUAAUGCUUAAAAACAAAUUGUUGAAUAAGAUAUUUGGCUACAGAAGUGCCAUUUAUUGAUCGCUUCUGUCCAAAAACCAAAUCCUGUGACAUAACAACACAUACUGGAUGAGUUACUGGCUAGCUUAACUAACGAACUACCUACAUCGGUAGCUGCAUGCAUGACCAGAAUGAACUACUAAAAGCACACCAUUUCUGUUUGAAUAUGGAGAACGCUUAGGAGUUGGACUGUUUGUCGUGCCCAAAGUCUACCUUUUAAAGCUGUUAGUGCACAGUACGGAUACUGGAUUGUAAGGUUUUGAGUGACCGUCAGGACUGUUCAAACGAGACUGUCUCAUAGGUACAAUCUGGUAACCCUACAUAAGGGACCCUUUCAACGGAGGAUGUAACGGGUUUAUAGAUCCUGGUGGCCCGUCAUUUAUUUAGUUUUCUGAGAUUGUUUUGCACGUAAGACUAAAACCAACAAAUCAGC